UAUCAGUAAACUUUUUAAAUCGAGGGAAGCAUUAUAUAGUCGGUGUGCUCAACUCGUAAGGAAAGAACAGCACAAGAAACGGAGCUGCCAAUACCAGUAACCCAAAGAGGCAUGAAAUGGAGGAGAAGGUGCAUACAAGUGGAGGGGGGAUUUCUGAAGAGGGAAGAAAGGACAAGAAAGAAGAGAUUCCCACACUACCUGCAGGUCACUUUUUCACCAAUCCCACAGAGGAAAAAAACCUCAACAUUAAGCAAGAGGACUGUAAAUGGGAAACUGCCUACCAUCAGCAGCAGAGGCCCAGUGUUAAGGAGGAGGAUUGUGAAUGGGAGAUAACAGGCAUUAAAAAAGAGACAGACGCACACAACUAUGAAAUUAUUAGCAGCGUCAAGAAAGAAGACCUUAAAUCUGAGCAGCACUCACAGUAUAUCUGUUCAAAUGUAGAGGUCACUGGAUUAGGCCUUACUCCAGAUAAGAACUUCUCCUUACAGGAUUUUUUGACACAUGUGAAGUCCGAAUCAUUACAGUCUGACAGGAAGGAAAUGGAGGAAGCAUCAAGUUGUGAACAGAACAUCUCCUUACGAGAUCAUUUGACACAGGUGAAGUCAGAAUCAUUACAGUCUGACAGGAUGAAAAUGGUGGAAGCAUCUGAACAUUCUGAAGGAGAUUUACAACAGAGCAAUCGCUUGGCUCCAUCUCCAUCUUGUCAGUACACUCUUCGGCGUAGACCACAACAAAUACUGCACAAUGAAAACCUGAAACUGUCAACAUCAGGACCAGAGGGUUCCAUACUGGCUGCUUUGCAGUACAGUUCCCUACCAAUUGUCAAAUUAAUGAGAAUCGAUGAGGUGAGCAAUCGUCCGCAGGGGAAGAAUACUAAAUCAUCAACGUCCGGUUUUUGUGUUGACAGCAGGAAAAGUUUUAAAAGCAAAUCUAAGGGUACACAUAAUAUAAACAAGCCAUUCAGCUGUUCUGAAUGUGGGAAGCUAUUCCACCAGAAUAGCCAUGUACUGAUUCAUGCGAGAGUUCAUACAGGAGAAAAACCAUACUCCUGUUCUGAAUGUGGCAAGAGAUUCUUUAACAGUAGCCAUCUUUACAACCACAAAAAAAUUCACUCUAGAGACAAGCAAUAUUGCUGUCUAGAAUGUGGUAAACAGUUUACCAUGAAAGGCCAGCUUCUUACCCACUCAAGAAUUCACACUGGAGAGAAGCCAUUUAGCUGUUCUGAAUGUGGCAAACAAUUCUCUCACAAUCACGGUCUACAGACACACAGAAGAUUUCACACUGGAGAGAAGCCAUUCUGUUGCCCUGAAUGUAACAAGCUAUUUGCUGACGCGAGUAGCUUAAGGACCCACUUAAGAAUUCACUCUGGGGACAAACCAUUUUGCUGUCCUGGAUGUGAUAAACGGUUCUCUGACAGGAGCAGUCUUCAUAGCCAUACAAGACUUCACACUGGACAGAAGCCGUUUUGCUGUCCUGAGUGUGGUAAACAAUUCACUCAUAGUAGCAAUCUCCAGGCACAUAUCAGAAGCCACACUGGGCAGAAGCCAUAUUGUUGUUCUGAAUGUGGUAAACGAUUCACCCAGAGUAGUGCUCUGCGAACACAUGAAAGACUUCACACUGGAGAGAGGCCCUAUGGUUGUACUGAAUGUAGCAAACAAUUUCUUAGCAGCAGUACUCUUCGGACCCACUUAAGAGUUCACACUGGAGAGAAGCCAUAUUGUUGUCCCGAAUGUAAUAGACAAUUUUCUCAUGGCAGUAGCUUGCGGCUCCACUUGAGAGUUCACAGAGGGGACAGACCAUUUUGCUGUUCUAAAUGUGACAAACGAUUUGUUACCAAGAGCAGUCUUCGCAGACAUGCUCCAGUUCACACUGGAGCGAAAAAAUUUUCCUGUCCUGAAUGUGGCAAAAAAAUUCACGGAUAGGCACAGCCUCAGGAAACACAAUAAAAGUCACACUGGAGAGAAGCUGCAAACUUAAUGAAACUCCAAACUCUCUCUCUUUAAUUUUAAAGCGAGAAGAGUAUAUCUUCACAUGGAGGGCUCUGUCCUUUUUAGAUGUUUCACCUUAAUAGUGUACAGUGAAUAGAAUGAAGCAGUAUAAAACAUUUUUAUACAGUACAACAUAGAAAACAUCAUGCUUAAAAGGUUGUCAAUGCCAACACCAAAGCAAAAAAGAAUAAAAAAUCUGAUAUUAGCUAUGCAACAUUUCAGCCAAAGAAAAUGUCUGAUGUGGUAUCAGAUCUGGUUAAGAUUCUUACUGGCCCAAAUGCAAAGGAUAAAGUGAGUCCGCCUAAAUGUACAGUGAGAACAUACAGCCUAGUGGACAAUCGGAGAUUAUAUUCUGAAUUCAAACCAUGAGGGCUUAUGCAAAAAUAAACUCUACUUGUGUUAAUGAUAAGUUCUCAUCAGUUAGGGUGCUUAGAGAAUUACUAAGUUAAAAAUCUUUAACUAGCAUUGUAAAGAUAAAGAAUGAGUGGGACACCUUGGGUAAAAGCAGCACACAGAGGACAAGAUACACAAAUUCUGAAACAACUUUUAAGAGUAAAGGUUAUAUGAUGAUGAUGAUGAUGAGUGUUCUGCUCAGUGGCCGGAAAUACAGAGCAUCCUAGAUCAAUAGCUGAAGCUUAGAAAACAGCAAAAUUUGGAACAAGAAACCUAAUAAAUUGCUCCAAAACUCCUUGCCAAAGGUUGCACAGCCAGUCCAUUUUAAUUUGUACUGAUCCCAAGUAAAUAGCGCUACCUGGAAAUGUAGUAAAAUAAAGAGGUAUAGAAAGGAUAUUGCAUAAUGUCAUUGCAAUGCAGAAAUGAUGCCCAAUGAAGACUUCAUAACCUGAGAAGGAGGCGUGCAAAUUUGCCAAAUUUUACUACUAUUGUCAGCAGUUUUGCUGAACCGUAAUAACAAUCAGCUGACAAUCCCAGGCAUACAAGUCUAGAAGGCAAUAUAAGGCUGUUCUGCAUACCCUUAGAUCUACUGAGCGCACUCCUGCACAGAUUAGGCAAUGGAUUUAGGUGGAUUUGUACAUUUAAAUGGAUGUCUGUUGCUGGAGCAGUUUAGGUUUUAUGGCUGCAUUUACUGUCAUUUGAAAAAAGCUACAGUACAUCUAGGAAUAGAAGAGAGUGUAAAAAGACAAAGGAAUAGCAGUGAAUACAGAUCUAUAAUAAAGAAAAUUGUCAGGAGUUCCAGAACCAAAUUCAGCUUUUCAGCCCAUGGAAUUCCUUGACUUCUCCACCAACUUUUAAAGUUUGUCAAAGAAAAGAUUUAUGCAAACAAGCAAGCUACUGUAUAGACAUUGACCAAUGGGAACUACGACUUUUUAUAUCUUGUGUAAUCGUGUUAGCUUUGCCAUCUUUCUGGAUGAUCUCCACCAGGUAUACUGAUGUCUGGUUUUUAAAUGCAUACUUUUUGUACUAUUUUUGUAUUCAUGGCUUUG